GACUGGUCGUGACUCGUGGUGAUUGGUAAAGUCUCGGACUCGGAAGUCGCAGCAAUCAAGCCUUGAUUGUUGAUAUAAUAUGUAAUUGCAAAUAGAAUUAAACCACUACGUUCAUGUAAUUGCUCCGAGAGGAGAGUUAAGUAAACAGUACACUUUUACUCUAGCAGUGAAGUAGUAAUUAUUAAAUAAAAAUUUAUACUAGAGAGAGACAGAUUAGUGAUGUGGUGUGGUGGUGAUCAUCCAGGUGCCGAGUUAAGUUGACGGACAUUUAUACUUCCUACAAUUUAAAAGAAAACAAAAUAAUUAAAACUGUUUAAUAUAAAUUAUAGUUAGGAACAUAGUAAACUACAUUUUUUUUCAUAAGAUUGUAUACACCUGUGAAAUUUAUUUAUUAACUUCGCUGUCAUGUCUACUUGGGUAAAUGAACAAUGUGUGUCCUUUUUUCAACUUUUAUGUAUUAAAAUUGUAAAAACGGGACGUGUACCUCAACAUUUGGCAUUUAUUAUGGAUGGAAAUCGUCGGUAUGCUAAGAAAUUGAGUGUUAAUACCACCGACGGCCAUACAAAAGGAUUUGAUAAACUAUCGGAAGCUCUUAAGUGGUGUAUUGAUCUAGGAAUUCCUGAAGUCACUGUCUAUGCAUUUAGUAUUGAGAAUUUCAAAAGAACAGAAGAAGAAGUAAACUCUUUAAUGGAUUUGGCAAGGGAUAAGUUUACAAGACUUCUAGAUGGAAUUGAUCAAAUAAAUGCCUGGGGUGUAAGAGUGCAUGUUGCAGGAAGAUUAUCAUUGUUACCUGAGGAUUUACAUAAUCUAGUAUCAAAGGCUAUGCUAGCUACAAGGCACAAUGACAAAUUGAGACUUAACAUUGCAUAUGCCUAUACAGGCAGGGAUGAAAUAAGUAGAGCUGCAUCACAUUUAGUGGAUGGUGUAAAAAGAAACAAACUAUUUGCUGAGGACAUUGAUGAAGAUCUAAUUUCUGAAACACUUGAUUUAGGUUCAGCUGAACUCCUAAUAAGAACUUCGGGUGAAGUGAGACUUUCAGAUUUUAUGCUAUGGCAGGUUCCAUCUACAGUGCUGUACUUCUCAGAAGUCUUAUGGCCUGAAUUCACAGUUUGGAAUUUAUUAGCGGCUAUAAUACAUUUUCAGAGACAUGCACCUGAAAAAUUACCAAUAAAAGAAAGUAAUCACAGACAGACUGAGUUCCUGGAAUGUUUGGAGGAUAAAUAUUGGCAUGAUUUAGAGACAGUCGUUAAAUGUUCUUAGUAUAAUAUUAUAUUAUUUCCUAUGAAUCAAACCAAUAACCAAGCCAAGUAUAGCCUAAGGCAGUCAGGAUAACCAAAGACCCUAAUCAAAACCUACUGUGAAUUAAGUGAACAUGUUUUAAGAGAAAUUUUAUUUUAAAAUAUUUCAUGUUAAUUUAUUUAUGAUGAUAAUAUAAUUUACUGUUAAAA